CAAAAAUGACGAAUCAUGAACAAGCAGAACAAAAAGAAAAUCGAUCGCUCCAUGGAAAUGCACGCACUCGAAAGUCAUGCAUGGCGUAGCGGUAACCGCCUGAAUUGGCCCGAGUCGCGAACGUCCAUCAUCGAGUUGCGUCAGGAAUCUUCGUUUUCGGUUCAAUUUUUGGGAUUUUUCGAAGAAAUAUCGCGUAGAUUCGCAAUGGUUUCUUUAAAUCCAGUGCGGAUCCUCAAAAGUGAGGCUGGAGAGGAAAAGGCUGAGAUUGCCAGAUUGAGCUCAUUUGUUGGAGUCAUAGCCAUUGGAGACUUAGUGAAAUCAACUCUCGGUCCUAAGGGCAUGGACAAGAUACUUGUAUCUCAUGGUAGGUCUGCGGGACAAGUACUUGUCACCAAUGAUGGCGCUACUAUUCUUAAGAGUGUUGGUGUUGACAAUCCCGCUGCCAAGAUUUUGGUUGAUAUGUCUCGCGUUCAAGAUGACGAAGUUGGCGAUGGUACUACUUCGGUUACAGUUUUUGCUGCAGAGCUUUUACGAGAAGCAGAGAAGUUGAUUGAAAAUCAAAAGAUUCAUCCACAGACCAUUAUUAGUGGUUGGAGAAAUGCUACAAAUGUAGCGACUGAAGCUCUGAAAAAUGCAGCCACAGACAACUCUGCAGAUCCCGAUUGUUUCCGAGAGGAUUUAUUGAACAUCGCACGCACAACUCUAAGUUCCAAAAUCUUAUCCCAGCACAAGGAACAUUUCAGCAAGCUUGCGGUUGAUGCAGUAUUGCGUUUGAAAGGUUCUGGCAAUCUGUCUGCAAUUCAAGUUAUAAAGAAACGUGGUGCAACACUUGCUGAUUCCUUUUUGGAUGAAGGAUUUUUAUUAGAUAAAAAACCUGGUGUUCAUCAACCACAGAAAGUUUCUGACGCGCAUAUACUCAUUGCUAACACUUCUAUGGACAUGGACAAAAUCAAGGUAUUUGGCUCCAGAGUUCGCGUUGACUCAAUGGCAAAGAUAGCAGAACUGGAAUCUGCAGAAAAAGAAAAAAUGAAGGAUAAAGUUGACAAAAUCUUGAAGCAUGGAUGCAACGUCUUUAUCAAUAGGCAAUUGAUAUACAAUUAUCCAGAACAAUUAUUUGCUGAUGCUGGAAUUAUGGCUAUUGAGCAUGCUGACUUUGACGGUAUCGAGAGAUUAGCGCUCGUUACUGGUGGUGAGAUUGUCAGUACUUUUGACAAUCCCGAUUUAGUCAAGCUGGGAAAAUGCGAUCUUAUUGAACAGGUUAUGAUAGGAGAAGAUACACUUCUAAGAUUCUCUGGAGUGCCAUUGGGUGAAGCAUGUACCGUUGUUAUCCGAGGCGCGACACAGCAGAUUAUUGAUGAAGCCGAAAGAUCGCUACAUGAUGCACUCUGUGUUUUAGCUGCUACAGUACGCGAAUCCAGAAUAGUUUAUGGUGGUGGUUGUAGUGAAAUGAUCAUGGCCUGCGCUGUUAUGCGAGCAGCCGCAGCUACGCCGGGUAAAGAGGCGGUUGCGAUGGAAGCAUUUGCACGUGCGUUGCAACAACUGCCGACUGUAAUCGCUGAUAAUGCCGGUUAUGACUCAGCGCAGUUAGUUAGCGAGUUGAGAGCCGCUCAUAAUUCCGGCGGCAACACUAUGGGAUUAGACAUGGAAUUGGGCAAAAUUGGCUGUAUGAAGCAAUUGGGAAUCAUCGAAUCUUGGGUAGUGAAGAGGCAAGUUGUCGUGAGUGCGGCCGAGGCAGCGGAAAUGAUACUGCGAGUGGAUGAUAUUUUGCGCGCGGCUCCUAGAAAACGCGUACAAGAUAGAGGACAUUGUUAAUUUGUUAAAAAAAUGAAAGAAUAAAUUUUUACAUUUACUCCGGUCACAAUUGCUUGCAAUUUUUCAUAUAAUUACAACGUGCGGCCUCUUAAAUCAAUUAUCGUAUUUAAUUGAACUUUUCAUCGUGUUAGUUUCUCAUCGACAAUGAUGCAUUUGAUAAUAUUAAUGUAUUAAUAUUAAUGUAUUAAUUACAGAAAAGCGAAUAUAUAUGUUUUGAACCAUUAUCGUUUGUAUAUGAAUUACAUUCUUAUCUAUUGAGAUCUCUUACAACUAUACAGUAAGAAGCACAUCUAUGUGUUUAUAAUUAAUAUUUUAUAAUAUUACAAUAGUUUCAACAUUAAUAAAUACUGUGAGAUACAAUAAUUUCCUUGUAUGAAUAUCUUAGACACUAGCAACAUACUUUAUUCAUUUAUUUUAUAUACAGGUCGUUUUUAUAACAUGUAGAUACAGUAUUGAAUAAAGUACAUUUCAAUG